AGCUUAUAUACAUGUGUGUGUGUCUGUAAAAUGUAAUAAAACCCUAAUUCUUCUUCCCCUUUAAAUUCCACAAAUACAUCAUUAAUUAGUUAUCACUCCGUACGUACUUAACAGUAUAAUAAUGUCACUUAACAAUAUAAUGGCGGCUGCUCCAAGAAGUGGCGGGUACUUGGAUGGGUGGGUCUACGGAGAUCCCCGCCAUGGUCAACUCUCCGUUCGACUCAUUACUAAAGCUCUGGCUGUCCCCCAAGGAUUUUCCCAGACACUCGGCGACCGGACUUUCACUCUACCCUUCGACCCUCUCCGCGUUCUGUCCUCGCCGGAAAGCGCCUUCGCCUAUUUCUCCGCCGCGCUCGCCGGCGUCGUCGGCCGCCUAGACGCCGCGGCGUUCGCCGCCCAGAUGGUCCGGUUCGCCCUCGAGAACGUCACCGUCCGAGGUUGUGUCCGGUUCGGGAUAUUCAUGUCGGCCGUCUUGGAGACGGUCUACGUCAUGGAGCCGGAGGCGGAGCCGAGGCCGCCGCUUCCCCGGGCGGCCGUGGAUGCACUGGAUGAGUGGCUCAUGGAUCACAUGUUUCGGACGUUUGAUGGCAGCUGGGGACCCGCCGCCGGGCCUGGGUUGUCGGAAGAUGAGGUCGCCGCGCUUGAGAAACAGAGGUUCGCCGGAGAGGAGGAGGAGGCGCCGUCGUGUGCGGUGUGCCUGGAGGAGUACAUGGAGGGUGACGUCAUCACUCCUUUGUCGUCUUCAUGUUCGCAUAAGUUCCACAACGCGUGCAUAGCGAAGUGGCUGAGGAGGAAGAGGACUUGUCCCGUCUGCCGUGCUCCGGUCACCGGCGGCCGUCAAAGCUGAUGAAUAUAAUUAAUCAAGGGAUUAGCCUUAA